AAGACACCGGUGGCGCAGUCGCGUGUCGUUCCGUGUGGAGUAGCGUCCGUUCCGUGCCGAGUGAUAGGAGGGCCCUCGCAGGUGCACUUGGCAUGGCGUCGACAGCCAGCAUGGAGGCGGCCUUCCGUUAUUUGGCAGAGGAGAUUCGGCAAGAGAUGCGCACGGAGAUGAUGAAGGUGGUGGAACGUGCCGCUUCCUCUUGUGCGUCGAUUUGUAUGGAUCGAAUGCAAGCGCUCCGGGCUGAACUGCUGUCGGAGUUUGAGGAAGUUGCCCAGAACAAAGGCACCAGUAACGAAGCUGCCCAGGAGGUGCGACGGCGAACCAGCUUUUACGAGCUCUACUCUGAUGACGUGAGGAUGGGUUCAGAUCAGGAGGAUGAUGGCGAGGACCUUGCCAAGCUCUACGAGCAUUUGGAGAAGUGUGCCCGGCGCCGCAGCAGUGCGCAGCUUGGUUCCGGUGGAUUGGCCCAAGGCUUGUUGAAUCUACCCGGACAGGCUACCGACAUCAAAAGCAAUACCUCUGAAACGUCCGAUGCAGAGGAGCAGAAGGCGCUACCGAGGCACCGGCGCUGGUCGGACUCUGCAGAGGAAGAAUUGGUGGCCCUGGAUGAUUUCCUCAAGGCCAGUCCUCAUGCUCCUUCCCCGCGGCCGAAGGAGGCGGUCAGAGAUCUGGAAGAUCGUGUGGCAUUCCUGGAGUUCUUUCUGUAUCCCGCCGCUGCUCCGAAGACCAAGUCUGCCCUCACAGUAGCACAACGAGUCGAUUUGAUCGAUGGUCAUUUGUGGGGCAACGAGUCGCAGCUCUUCGAGGUCUUGGAGCUGAGCCAGCGAGUGAGGCUGGCCGAGCAGGCGCUCUUGGGGCUGCCCAGAGGUCCCUGAUGCGCGUGUUGAUGGCGCUGCGAUUCCGAUUCUGCGUGGCGAGUCCGGCUGGCGCGGGGUGGAAGAUGAGAGGACCCUCAAACGUGAGCCGACUUGGCCAUUAGAAGGUAAACUGGUGUUGAUUUGCUGAAUGUUUAGACACAUGCAGCCAGGGACUAAGUGGAUAUUUUGGGUUUUGGGCGGUGACUUUCAUCAAGCAGCUCGAUUUCAAAUUUGAUCAACUUGUUUGAGACACCAAGUCUGUGCUAGGUUCUAAAUGGCAAGAGUUGAGUUAAAUCCAGAGAAGAAUGAGGCAUGCGACACACCGCAGAGCUUGCCGUUAUGAAACGAGAUGGGAAGAAUAUCCCAGGCAAGAAACGUGCUCGAUGGUGCUGGUGCCUUGGCCUGUCCGUGAUGUGGACCAGUGUGGGCAUAGUGACUGUAAAGUCUGUAAAUAUACGGUAAAACCUUUGUGAUGACGUCGAAGCAUUUGGGCUGAAAUCACGCUACUAUGAAUUUGCAUGGCCCAUCGCAUCCCAUUGCUCUUUUUAAGGCUAUAAGGCUAGGGCAAUCUGAGCAAUGAGCUGAGCGAUUGAGUCAUGAAUCACCCCAGCAGCCUGAACUUUAAAUCAAGAUAACUACUGCUUUCUGUAGUGAAGCCUACUCCAGCUGGCCAAGACGUGAAAAGGUCGCCAAAGUGCAAACUAUUUCACCUGCGCUGGCCGGAUCAGCAACAUGCAGCCUAUGUGUGAUGCAAAAUGCAGCGGGUCUUCCGUCAUCUCUUCCUUCAGGGCGAUAACCUUCAGCGGAUGUCUGAAGUUUCAGCUAGAACGCAGUCCGCAGCAGAGGGUGUUUUCUUAGGCCUUGCUUAGGCACCCAGGGUUUCGUGCGUGGUGGAGUGCUGGCCCAAGACUUCCAACGAUGCAACGGCAGUUCUAGGCUCUCAUCUGCUGGUGCUGCAGGAUCACCGAGAAGGUCGG